AUGGCUAAGAGAUUGAAUAUGCUAUGGGCAAGGAACGACACGAUUCAGAUCACGAACAGAACCAAUGGCUACUACUUCAUCAGGUUUACGAACAAACUGGAGUACGAAGCAACACUAACGGGUGGACCUUGGCUUAUAGGAGACCACUAUAUUACUACCCAGAAGUGGAAGAAGAGCUUUAACCCUAAGACUUGCAAGAUAGCCUCGACCUUGGCAUGGAUUCACCUACCUGACUUGCCGAUUGAACUAUUCAACCCAAAAGCAGUCAUGCGUAUAGCUGCGCGAGCAGGUACCCCGGUAAGAGUUUAUAGAGCCAAAAAGUUGGGUGCGAGAGGUGUCUAUGCUAGAGCCUGUAUCGAGGUCGAUCUAACGAAACCUCUUCUUUCUAAGUACAAGGUGGAGGGGGUGGAGUAUGAAAUCAAUUAUGAAGGCCUCGAUAAUGUCUGCUUUGAAUGUGGUAUGUACGGACACUCCAAGAAUGCAUGCCCUACGUUGCACUCGAAUGAACACACGCAGGAAACAACGUUGGGCGGGAACCCAACCGACCAAGUUAAGCAUACAGAGGCAUACGGGGAAUGGAUGAUCGCUAAACGGCGAGAGAGGAGACCAAACAGACGUGCUGAUCAGGGAGUUGUGGGAAACCCGACAGGAAAGAAAGCAUCGCGAGAUGGGAACUUUGCUCCGGGUUCGAGAUUUUCAGUUUUGGAAUGCGAGGAAGUUGAUAAUGAUAUAGUACCAACAAAGGAUACGGAAAUGGAAGUGAGAGUAGCGGCCAAGGAGAAGGGGAAGGGCGCGGAGAGGGGGAAGACUUCCAAGCCCAAGGUUUCACCACAAAAGUCUCAAGCGAUCUGGGUGGAGAAAAUUCCAUCCCAACAGAACCCUCAAGAGGAGAAACGACAUAUAGAGGGGGAGGAAAGCACUUCCUCUGAGAACCGACAUCAACCAUAUGACCAGGUAGUAGCAGUGGGUAAAACUAAAGGCUUGUCACAGAAUAAAGAAACAGUUAAGAGUAUUAAAAAUAAGCAGGGACUAGCAAAGGAUGGGCAAAUAGCAAAGCACAUAAGCCUUUCUUCUAGUACCCAAGGUAUGGAGGGACGGAACCAGGCUCCAAACAACUCUAAUACCGGAGGAGCUAAGGAAGGUAAGGGACAAUAUCAGGAUGCGUCCAUGCACCCAUACAAUGCAAUACCGGGGGGACAGCCCUCGAGAGUGGAGAGCGUGGCACCCCCUCGGGGGUGUCUACGACUCACUAGUAAUGAAACCAAGGUUACCCUACGUAUUCUCAGAUACGAUGGAUUUGAACAUAUUCUCAUGGAAUUGUAG